UUGCCACCAUGCUCUAUCUCAGUUCACUACUGGGCGUGUGAGUUGAACAGAGCCUGCGUACGUUUCGCCGGGAAGGAUGGCUACUGAAAACUACCUGAUUGGAUUUUCUGAGGCCUUGGAUUGGCGCCCCAUGCAGUUUGUUAAUUUACCUCCUCUGAGGUCGUGCUCCUUGUGUAAUGUGAUCUCAGGGCUGACACUUAUGCUCGAGUGCUCACACGCUGUUUGCGAACUCUGCUAUCAGCGCAUCAUUGGGGCCAAUGGACGGUGCCCUCUGGAUGAUCAAACGUUUCAGGAAAGUGACGUCGUAAAACUGCCUCUCAAAGAGAGUCAAGUGGACAAAUUUAAUGUGCGCUGCCCUAAUUCCGUGCUGGGUUGCGACUUCGUUGGUUCCGUACCACAAGCAAGGCCUCACUUGUUGCGAGAAUGUGAUUUUCAUGCCGUCACGUGCAGCGGCUGCAAUGCCAAAGUGCUCCGUCGUAACAUUGUGAAUCACCACUUGGAACGCCAGUGUGAGCGGGAACCACCUGCGUCUGCAACACAGCGAUGGAGUGGUGAUGUGUUUGAGAUCGGACGACAGGUCAACAGCUGUCUCGAUUCGUUAGCGGAGAAAAUGUGCGCAUUUGAAGACCAACUGAAUACUCAUACGGUGGCUAUUGGUGAAAUGAGAGCGUGUCUCGCAACAAAAGGGGACCUGCUGCAUGGGCUCUUUUUGGACGUGAGGGAUCGUGUUAUGGCACAGACGGCGGACGAGGCAGUCAGCGUUCAGUUGCUGAACGCAAACCGCGAUGCUGUUGAGAGUCUUGCACAAGAUAUGGAUAUGGUAAAACGUUGCUCUCAAGAAGUGGUAGACUUCGUAAACGCCGACAGCGAAGGAAGAGAAGCAAAACCCAUUGCUAAAGCCAUUUUUGAGAGUUCAAAAAUACUGAGCACAUUAGGGGAUUUCUUUGGCGACACUUUCCGCUACGUGCAAAUGCAGUGUAAAGAAGUUUUCACUGAGAUUCAAGGUUUCGCCCAAUUGCUAAAUGUUGCUGAGAUUUUGCUGGACACAACACGCUACUCCAACACCGUCGUUCUGUGCGGUUACUCCGUACAGAUAGGCGUUUGUUUAGGAAGGAUGCCUCGAAGUCCAAUGAUUUUCGGGAUUUUGGUACGCAUUUGUAGAGGCUCGAACGAUCGCUACCUAAAAUGGCCAUUUCGUAUUCCAUGUACUUUAUCGGUGCUUCAUCCUACGGACGAUGCCAAAAACAUUACACGACAAGUAGACGUUAUCAAAUUGGUAACUUCCACCAGGUGUCCUUUUACCAGACCAACUACUGUUUCGAACAAUGGAUGGGGAAUUCGUACAUUGUGCAGUGUGACCGAACUCGUCGAAGCAUCCCCGACCCACAUGAUGCUACACUUCAUACGUCGGAUAUGGUGGAAAGUUCUGACGAUGAAGAUGAUGAACUCAGCAGCCCUCCAGGGUCCCAUCAUUCAAGACCUAUAUACAUCAACACCUCAUAUGUGCAUGUCUCCUCCUUUUUGGGAGGAAGGUGAACGCCUCUUUCUUGUUGGCCAGUCUAGUCUGCGAGAGCUCCUGUCAGAAUUCUUGUGCUGUGGUGUCAGUGAGCUUACGACCACGAUAAAACCAAGAGGGACAUGGGUACAAGCUAGGACAACGUGCAGCUGCGACAGGAAGCGAAGCUGGUCUAGUCAACACUGGGUCGGAAGCAGACCUUUGGGCAACAUGCUGCUGUGUACGUCCAUACUGUUUUCUGGGGUGAACGUGACAAAGGCUCUUCGCACGUUUGAAAUGUUGAGGGCGCCAGCACUGUCCAAGUCGCAGUAUUACAGGACCCAGAAGGAGUACCCUUCCCGCUGUCAGUUAUGUAAGUAUAUGGCAUCUGCAUGAAACAGUCAGUACGAACUCAGCACUACUGCACAUAAAUGGCAAUAUUGUAUUGCCCAUAUUUUGCCCUCUUGAUGAGGAGCCACAAGAAUGAAAGAACU